CUCCCCGCACUAAAAUGGAGAAAAGGAAGUGGGAAGCCAAGGUUUCAACAAGGCUAGAAAAUGCAAGUUCAGACCAAAUAUGGCCUUUUCUGAAAGACUUUUUUAGCCUCCACAAAUGGUUCCCUGGCCUCCCCACAUGCUACGGCAUUCACGGCACCAACGGCGAGCCGGGUUGCGUCCGGUACUGCGCCGGAUUUUCGCUGCCGUCCAUAGACGGCGCCACCGUGAGCUGGUCCAAGGAGAGAUUGAUAGAAAUUGAUCACGUUGAAAGGAAUUUAAGCUAUGAGAUAUUGGACUGCAAUACUGGGUUCAAGUCAUAUGUCGCAAGUAUGAAGAUUAUUCCGGCGGCAGAUGGCUGCGGCGGUUGGCAGAUAGAGUGGCGGUUUGAGGUGGAUCCGGUUGUAGGGUGGAGAUUGGAAGAUUUGGUGCCCAAGUAUGAAAUAGGGCUGCAACUCAUGGUUAAAAAGAUGGAGGCUUCCAUUUCUGAUUCUUCUUAUUAACAUGUAUUUUUUAUAUGAAUCAAUUUUCAUUUCAUCGUCCAUUAAAAUUUGAAAAUCGAAUAAAGGCUUGUUAAAAUGAUUAGUUAGAAAUCAAG